AGUAUACAACAAGGAAUUAGAGGACUUGCGGGGCCGAGAUAACUUUAUUAUGAAGGAAAUCCGUGUCGACACCAUGAAGCGGAACGUGGAAAUGCUGGACCGCCUAACCAUGCAGUUCCAGGAGGCCAAGACCGAGCUGCAGGCAAUCAACGAGGAGCAGAGUCUAUUGAGCUGGGAGAUGACCAAAUUUCCGCUGCUGCAGUCCAUGAUAGCCCUAAAGGAGCCAUACGACAAGCUGUGGCACACCACCUACGACUUUCACCAGAAGUACGAGCGCUGGUACAAUGGUCCCUUCAUUGGGCUAGAUGCGGAAGCCAUCAACGAGGAAGUGGAGGCCAUGUGGAAGACCAUGUACAAACUCACAAAGACCUUCAUGGACCAGGUUGGGUCACGUCGUGUUGCAGAAUAUGUCAAGGAGCGCAUUGAGAAGUUCCGCCUCCAUGUACCUGUCCUCCAGUGUAUCUGCAACCCUGGUCUCCGUGACCGUCAUUGGAAUCAGCUCGGUGAGCAUCUGGGUGCCGAGCUCAACCUGACACCAGAGACCUCCCUGGCUGACAUGAUUGAAGCUGGUCUGCCCUCUGUCCAACGCAAGCUUGAGGAAAUCAGUCAUGCAGCUUCCAAAGAGUUUAGUUUGGAGAAGGCAUUAGAAAAAAUGAAGGGAGAGUGGGCCAAUGUCGUCUUUGAGUUUAAACCCUGGAGGGAAACAGGAGUGUCCAUCUUGGCAGCAGUGGAUGACAUCCAAGUGCUACUUGACGAGCACACCCAGAAAGUUCAGACUAUGCGAGGAUCACCAUAUGUUAAGCCAUUUGAAGCAGAGAUCCGUACAUGGGAGGAGAAGCUCCUGUCCAUGCAGGACAUUUUGGAUGCCUGGAUUAAGUGCCAAGUGACCUGGCUGUACCUAGAGCCCAUCUUCUCAUCCGAGGACAUCAUGAAGCAAAUGCCUGUGGAAGGGCGAAAGUUCACCCGUGUGGAUGCCACCUGGAGAGAGUUGAUGGGUACUGCUGUGAAGGACCCGCAUGCCCUAGUUGCCACUGAACAACCCAACAUGCUUCCCAGGUUGCAGGAGUGUAACCGCCUUCUGGAAGAAAUACAAAAAGGCCUCAAUGACUACCUGGAAAAGAAACGCCUUUUCUUCCCAAGGUUCUUCUUUCUGUCAAAUGAUGAGUUGCUGGAAAUUCUCUCUGAGACAAAGGACCCCCAGCGUGUGCAACCUCAUCUCAAGAAGUGCUUCGAAGGCAUCAGUCGUCUCCACUUCUCAUUGCAGCAGGAGAUCGAGGGCAUGAUAUCAGCAGAGGGCGAGCUGGUGCAGUUCAGUAACCGGGUCAUUCCCUCUAAGGCCAGAGUCAGUAUUCAUGACUCUUUCGGCCUGGUGGAGCGUUGGCUGGUGGAGGUGGAGGAGAUGAUGGUGCAGAGCAUGCAAGAUGUGGCUGUACGUGCCGUUGAGAACCAUCCACUUACUCCACAUCGCCAGUGGAUUACUCAGUGGCCAUCACAGGUGGUGCUGACAGUGGCACAGAUUGUGUGGACUGCUGAUGUCACUUCCAUCCUUCCUAAUAAAGGACUUGAGGAGUAUCUGGAAGUAUGCGACACCCGCAUCAAGGAGGUGGUGAGCAUGGUGCGGGGCCAGCUGGAGCAUGGUACUCGCCUCACACUUGGCUCACUCAUUGUUACCUAUGUCCACGGUCGUGAUGUAGUUCAGGAACUGAUUCGUAAAAGAGUGGAUUCCGUGACGGACUUCACAUGGGUGUCGCAGAUGCGCUACUACUGGGUUAACGAGCUUGUCCAGGUGGACAUGAUUAUGACUCGUCUCCAGUAUGGCUAUGAGUACCUUGGCAACACCUCAAGGCUGGUGAUUACUCCAUUAACUGACCGCUGCUUCAGGACACUGAUGGGGGCCCUAAAGCUGCACUUGGGCGGGGCUCCCGAGGGCCCAGCUGGCACGGGCAAGACAGAAACCUGCAAGGACUUGGCCAAGGCUGUGGCUAAGCAGUGCAUCAUUUUCAACUGUUCUGAUGGUCUUGACUACAAGGCCAUGGGCAAGUUCUUUAAGGGUUUGGCACAGAGUGGGGCAUGGGCCUGCUUUGAUGAAUUUAACCGCAUUCAACUGGAAGUUUUGUCAGUGGUGGGGCAACAGAUCCAGACAAUCCAGGCUGCUGUGUCUCGCAAGGCUCCCAGAUUUAUUUUUGAAGGGGUCGAUUUGGUUUUGAACCCCAGCUGCAACAUCUUCAUAACCAUGAACCCUGGGUAUGCGGGUCGGCGCGAGCUUCCGGACAACCUCAAGGUACUCUUUCGCACAGUUGCCAUGAUGGUACCCGACUAUGUCAUGAUAGCCAAGAUCGUCCUCUUUUCGAUGGGUUUCGUCCAUGCUGACAGCUUGGCACGGAAGAUCAUUGACACAUACCGACUGUGUUCAGAGCAGCUGUCAUCACAGCAUCACUAUGACUAUGGUAUGAGGGCCGUCAAGGCUGUUCUUCUGGCUGCCAAUAACCUUAAGCUCCAAAUGCCAGAUAUCUCUGAGCCGCAGGUUGUCCUCAGGGCCAUCAAAGAUGUCAAUCUACCCAAGUUUCUGGCUCAGGAUGUACCACUGUUUGAAGGCAUCGUGCAGGACUUGUUCCCAUCAGAGAGACACAAUGCCAUCAUGCCAGAUGCUGCACUUGAAGCAUCAUUGAAGAAGACAAUGGCUGACAAUAAUCUCCAGAUUGCUUACAUGAAAAACUACACUGUAUCAUCACAGGAUGUAGCUCUCAUAGAUCUAUAUGAAUGCCAGGCAGGAAGUGAUAAUGCAUUGUUCAUUACCCUUCUGUAUUGCCACAUUGAGGAUGUGCCGUGGUUCCGGGAAAAGAUGGUGCAGCUGUACAACAUGAUUCUGGUGCGUCAUGGUGUCAUGGUGGUGGGAGAGCCACUGAGUGGCAAGACCCGUGCUUACCAGGUAUGUGGGCCUGGUAAGGGCCAGAAAAAAACUGAAAUAGUUUACAAAGACUUUUGCACACUUUACAAGAUUAUCAACCCUAAAGCUCUUACACUGGGCCAACUCUAUGGUGCCUAUGACCCUUUUUCUCAUGAGUGGUCCGAUGGAGUGCUGGCCAAAACCUUCCGGGAGAUGGCAGUGUCAACAUCUGAGGAGCGAAGAUGGCUGGUGUUGGAUGGGCCAGUUGAUGCUGUUUGGGUAGAAAACCUCAACACUGUCCUUGAUGAUAAUAAGAAACUUUGUCUUAUGUCUGGAGAGAUCAUUCAGAUGCCUAACAAGAUGAGCCUUAUCUUUGAGACGUGUGACCUGGAGCAGGCAUCCCCAGCAACCGUAUCCCGUUGCGGCAUGAUCUACAUGGAGAGCCAACAGCUAGGCUGGCGACCUCUCAAGGAUUCGUAUAUGUCUAGCCUUCCGGUGGCAAUCAAAGGGGACGUGAAGCAGAUGGUAAAUGAUGUGAUAGAAUGGCUCAUGCCUCCAAUCUUUGAUUUUGUUAUGAAGAAGUGCAAGUUUAUGAUCCACACCUCAGAGCUGCAUCUUUUCCAGUCCUUCUCUCGGAUGUUGGACUCCCUCCUGGAUGAGGUACGGGAGGCUGGCAAGCCUUUGGGUCCGAAGAUCUCAGAUGACAAGUUAACAACCCUCCUGCAGUACCUCAUCACAUUUAUCCUUCCUUGGACAAUCGGCUCCACCAUCACUGGCACAAGCCGCCGGCUGUUUGACCAGUUCUUCCGCAAGUUGCUGCUGGGAAAGGUGGAUUCAGCGCCCCGGCCUGAGAGCUUCAGGCUUACUAAGGGGAUGUUGCCGCCAGAGAGUGGCUCAGUGUAUGACUACCUAUAUGAGCAGGAGACACAACGCUGGAUCCUCUGGUACGACACCAUUGAUAGAGACAGGCGUGUGAUUCCCACAGAUGCUAAGGUGUCAAAAUUACUGAUCCCGACGGCAGAGACAGCGAGACAAGAAUUCUUCCUAAGGACAUGCUUGGAUCAUGAUGUGCCUUUGCUUCUGCUGGGACCAACAGGCACAGGCAAAAGUGCUCACACUAAUGCCUGCCUAGUUAACCUGCCCAAGGACAAGUUUAUCAUCAAUACUAUAAAUUUCUCAGCAAGAACCUCUGCCAGUCAGGCCCAGGACAUAAUUAUGUCAAAGGUGGAUAGGCGUCGAAAGGGUGUAUUUGGGCCAGCAAUGGGAAGGAAGUAUGUGGUCUUCAUCGACGAUGUCAACAUGCCACAGAAGGAGACAUAUGGGGCCCAGCCACCCAUAGAGUUCCUCAGGCAGUGGCUCGACCAUAAACACUUCUACGACAAGAAGGAUACCUCCAAAAUUGAGCUUGUUGAUUCGCUAUUUCUGGGAGCGAUGGCUCCCCCUAGUGGAGGCCGCAAUACCAUCUGUGGCCGGUUCACACGCCAUCUCAACAUUAUCUGUAUUGAUGCAUUUGAUGACUUGACUUUGGACCAAAUUUUUGGAUCAAUUGUGAUAUGGCACUUAGCGAGCCAUGAGGACGCUGCAGUGCAGCGCCUCAAUAGGGCUGUUGUGGAGGCCACACGGGAGGUUUACAAGAAGGCUACCUCCACCUUCAUGCCGACUCCCUCGAAAAGCCAUUACCUCUUUAAUCUGCGAGACUUCUCCCGGGUCAUCAAUGGCAUUCUUCUGGUGCCCAAUGCUGCCCUCAGCUCGGUGGAGAAGCUGGUGAGGCUUUGGCUCCAUGAAGUAUAUCGAGUCUUUCACGACAGGUUAAGCAGUGACAUUGACAGGAACGAGUUCUUCAACAUUGUGAAGGAGGUGAGUCAAAGAACCUUCCGCAUGCAGCUGAGUGUCGUACUGGAACACUUAGUGCCUGCAGGAGAAGCUCUCAACCCUCACCAUCUUCACAACCUCAUCUUUGGCAACUAUAUGAUCGCAGAUGCUGAGACCAAAGUGUAUGAUGAGGUGCAAGACAUGAAUGACCUGAGACAAGUGAUGGAGACAUACCUGCACGAGUACAACAUGAUUAGCAAGUCACCUAUGUCACUUGUGAUGUUCCAGUAUAUUAUCCAACAUGUGUCCAGGAUCAGCAGGGUGCUGCAACAGGACUCUGGCCAUGCUCUCCUUAUUGGAUUUGCUGGUUCAGGCCGCCAGAGUGCUACCAAGCUGGCCAUCUUCAUGGCCAACCAUGAGCUCUUUCAGAUAGAGGUGACAAAGACCUAUGGUGUAGCAGAGUGGCGGGAGGACAUAAAAAAAGUGCUGAUGAAGGCUGGAGGCGACGGGAAGUCCAUUGUGUUUCUUCUCACUGAUACACAGAUCAAAGAUGAGAGUUUUUUGGAGGACAUAAACACAUUACUUAAUACGGGGGAGCUGCCUAAUCUAUACACCAAUGAAGAAAAGGCAGAAAUAUUAGAGAAAAUACAAGCUGUUGCCAAGGAUGAGGGCAAGAAGAUGGAUGCCUCACCAAUGACCCUAUUCGGGUACUUCAAUGAGCGGGUGCGGGCCAACCUGCACCUGGUGGUGGCCAUGUCCCCUAUAGGUGACACUUUCAGGACCAGGCUCAGGAUGUUCCCCUCUCUCAUCAACUGUUGCACUAUAGACUGGUUCAUGCCCUGGCCAGACGAGGCACUGGAGAUGGUGGCGACGACACUGCUACAGGAAGUGCAGAUGGAUACAUCAUUGGUGGCCCGCUGUGUCACUGCCUGCAAGUACUUCCAUCACAGCAUAAAAGUCCUUGCUAACAGGUUCUACGAGCAGCUUCGGCGAAGGUACUAUGUGACACCCACCUCCUACCUGGAGAUCGUCUUCACCUUCAAGCAGCUGCUUCUCAAGAAGCGUUCAGAGAUUCUUACCCUGAGGGACAGGUACGUGACUGGUCUUGAGAAACUGAAGGAGGCAAAGUUCUUGAUUACAGAACUUCAGGAAGAGCUGAAACUGUUGCAGCCUCGUCUGGUGGAGACCUCAGCCAACACUGAGGCACUUAUGAUUAAGAUCGAACAAGACACCAUCCAAGUCGAGAGGAAGAAAGAGUUGGUGGCUGCAGAUGAAGCAGUAGCCAACAGAAAGUUUGCAGAUGCUCAAGCUAUCAAGGAUGAUUGUGAAAAAGAGCUUGCCAAGGCAGUUCCAGCUCUCAAUGCUGCCACGGAAGCACUUAACACUCUCAAGCAAGACGACAUCCGUGUUGUUAAGGCCAUGAAGAAUCCACCCUCAGGGGUCAAACUCGUGAUGGAAGCUGUGUGUGUUAUGCUGGAUCUCAAGCCAGACAGGAAACCAGACCCCAGUGGUUCAGGUAAAAUGGUGGAAGACUUCUGGGCACCAUCACAGAAGCUACUGGGGGACAUGAAGUUCCUCCAAAACCUGCUGGUCUAUGACAAGGAGAGCAUCCCAACAAAGAUCAUUACGCACGUCCGCAACAAGUUCUACUCGCACCCGGAUUUUGACCCCAAGAAGAUACGGAUGGUGUCAAUGGCAUGUGAAGGGUUAUGUCGAUGGGUGCGAGCCAUGGUCGUCUAUGACCAGGUGAUCAAAAUUGUGGCUCCAAAGAAGCAGGCAUUAGAGGCUGCUAACCAUGAACUGGCUCUCCAAAAUGAGAAGCUGGAGGAGAAGAGGAAAGAAUUGAGAGAAGUGACAGACAAGCUUCAGGCCCUUAAUGAUGAAUUUACCAAAAAACAAAAGGAGAAGAAAGACCUGGAGGAUUCCAUAGUCAGGUGUGAGCAGAAGAGGGAUCGAUCAGAAAGGCUCAUCGGCGGCCUCGGUGGUGAGCGGGAUAGGUGGAGUAAUGCGGCACAACAACUGAGCGAGAGCCUGGAGAAUGUGGUGGGAGAUGUGCUCAUCGCUGCAGCUGUUGUGGCCUACCUUGGAGCUUUUACUGUUGAGUACCGGGAGGAAUGUCUUAAAGAUUGGCACCAGAAGUGCCAGGAACUAGGAAUUUCGUGUAGUUCAAAUUUCGUCUUGUACGACACUUUGGGUGAUCCUGUGCAGAGUCGAACCUGGCAGCUUGCAGGACUGCCAGUUGAUGCUUUCUCAGUUGACAGUGCCAUCAUCGUGGCUCAUUCCCGCCGCUGGCCACUCAUGAUCGACCCCCAAGGCCAGGCUAAUAAAUGGGUGGUGAACAUGGAGAAGGAGAAUGGGUUGCGGGUGGUACGACAGACUGACCCCUCCUUCAUCAGAGUUUUAGAAGAGGCACUGCAGAAAGGACUUCCAAUGCUCAUCGAAGGAGUUGGCGAGGAUUUUGACCCCAUACUUGAUCCGGUAUUAUUGAAGCAGACAUUUAAGCAACAGGGUGUCGACCAUGUGCUUCUUGGAGAGACAGUAACAGAGUACAACAGUAACUUUCGUUUGUACAUUACUACGAGCUAUCAGAAUAAUAACUAACUCUGCUUUCUCAGCUCCCUUGUGGUGGUGCUGAACUUUCUAAUUACAAAAAUGGGACUGGAGAACCAGCUACUGGGCCUGGUGGUAGCUCAUGAGCGCCCACAGCUGGAGGAGCGUAAGAAUCGUUUGCUUGUAGAGUCAGCCAACAAUAGGCGAGCCCUUCAGAAGACUCAGGAGAAAAUUCUUGAGGUCCUGUCUACUGCUGGUCAGAAUCUUCUGGAGGAUGAGAAGGCUAUUGACAUCAUGUCAUCCAGCAGGGUACUCUCACAGGAAAUAUCAGCUAAAGAGGAGGUGGUACAGCAGACUGAGCAAGAAAUUGAUGCUGCCAGGGGAGCUUACAAACCUGUUGCAAUCCAUGCCUCGGUUCUGUUCUUUUGUGUGUCUGAUAUGGCUGCCAUAGAACCCAUGUACCAGUAUUCUCUCGGAUGGUUUAUCAAUCUCUACCUUCAGUCUAUCAGGAACUCUGACACCAGUGAGGAUGUGGACAUAAGAAUCCAGCUGCUCAACACCCACUUGACACGAGCCAUCUUCCUCUCUGUCAGUCGCUCACUCUUCGAGAGAGACAAGAUUCUUUUCUCCUUCAUGCUGUGUGUCAGGCUCCAGCAAGCGCAGGAAGGAGUAGAGGAGGACGUGUGGAGGUUCCUGUUGACAGGUGGGAAUGGCCUGCUGGACAACCCACACGGUCCUUCCCCAGCGCCUUGGCUCUCUGACAAGGCUUGGGCCCGCUUGGUACAGGCUGCUGACUGUCACAGCUUAUCUGGAAUUAAGGAGCAUGUAGUGAGCAACUUGGAGGCCUGGGAGAAGGUGUACAGCUCUGCAGUGCCCCAUAAAGCCACUUUUCCUCACCCCUACCACCAUCUUCAAGGUCUCCAUCGUCUUGCUCUCCUCAAGUGUAUCAGGCCUGAUAAAGUCACCCUAGCAAUUCAGGACCUCAUAGCUCAGCAGCUGGGAGAAAGGUACCUUUCGCCCCCACAGUUUGACAUUUCAUCAUCAUACGAUGAUUCCACCUGCAGUACUCCACUCAUCUUUAUCCUAUCCCCUGGCACCGAUCCAGUAGCUGCACUCCGCAGAUUUGCUGGGGAGAAAGGAAUUGGUGAGGAAGACGUGCAGGUCAUCUCCCUAGGUCAAGGACAGGGAUCACUGGCGGAGAGCAUGAUACAGCAAGGGGCAGAGAUAGGGUGGUGGGUGGUCCUGCAGAACUGUCACCUGGCAGAGUCUUGGAUGACUCGCCUCGAAAUAAUUUGUAGCCAAAUAUUCCAGUCUUGCUCAACGCACCCAAGCUUCCGGCUGUGGCUCACUAGCUAUCCCUCGCCUGCUUUUCCUGUGUCGCUGCUACAGGAUGGGAUCAAGAUGACAAACGAGCCCCCACGAGGUCUUCGUGCCAACCUGCUCAAGUCCUAUCACAGUGAUCCCAUCAAUGAUCCUGAAUUUUUCAGUGCAUGCCAGAAUCAGCCACUAUUCCAGCGUCUCCUGUAUGGCCUCUGUUUCUUUCACGCUCUUAUCCAGGAACGCAGAAAUUUUGGGCCACUUGGCUGGAAUGUUCCUUAUGAGUUUAAUGAAUCAGACAUUAAAAUUAGUGUGAGGCAACUGCAGAUGCUACUGACUGAAUGUGAAGGAGACGAAGUGCCCUUGGAGGCGCUGAUGUACUUAACAGGGGAAUGUAACUAUGGAGGACGUGUCACAGACUCCAGAGACCGCCGCCUACUCGUCUGCCUUCUUGCCAAUUUUUACAACCAGGAAUUCAUUAUUGAUGAGACAUAUAAGGUGUGUGGUGUAGAAGGGUACCAGGUGCCCUCAGCUAGAACCUGGCAGGACUACGUCGACCACAUUGCUAGCCUCCCACUGUCAGCCCCGCCUCAGGUCUUUGGCCUACACGAAAACGCUGAUCUUGCUAAAGACCACCGAGAAACUGAUCAGCUCUUUCGAGGAAUACUGCAACUUGAGCCUCAGCUUGGUGGUAAUGCUUCGGGGGACAUGGCAGUGGUGGUAUGCGACCUGGCUUGUGAGAUCCUGGCUCGCUUGCCCCCACAGUUUGACCUAAGUGAGGCAGAGCAGCGGCACCCAAUCUGCUAUACACAGUCCCUAAACACUGUCCUUAGACAGGAACUACAGCGUUAUAACAGACUGAUUGCAGCUAUGAAAAUGUCCCUUAAGGCUGUGAAGAGAGCAGUAAGUGGUGAGAGCCUCAUGUCAGAUGAGGUAGAGGACACAUACCAAGCGCUGGUUCUGGGUCGUGUGCCCCCAGCAUGGGAGACCCGGUCAUACCCAUCAAGAAAAGCCCUUGCCCCAUAUAUCAGUGACCUUCUACACAGGUUAAAGUUCUUCCAGCGGUGGGUGGACGAGAAGAUUCCUGACGUGUUCUGGUUCUCUGGAAUGUUUUUCCCCUACACCUUUCUCACUGGGAUACGCCAGAACUAUGCAAGAAAGCAUGCUAUACCCAUCGAUAGGAUUUAUUUCCAAUUCAAGGUGAUGGAGAAGGAGGUGGAGGACAUCAUCCAGGAGUGCAUCAGACCUAACUUCGUUGAGCUGCCUGAAAUUAUCAAGCGAUUGCCCACGCCUGACAUGCGCGGCCAUUACCAACAUCACGACACAGACCUCGAGGAUGAUGAUUCCCUUUCUGACGAUGAUGAAUCUGCUCAGGAUGAAGGCGAUAUUAAAACUGGAAUGAAGAAAAGGAGGAUCCAGUUUGGUGAGGAGGAGGAGGAGGAGGAAAUGCUGGACAACAAUGAUAACCAGCAGAGCCAUAAUGAAAACUCUGAUGAUAUCAUCUACCAAGUUAUCCCUCGCCAGGCACAUGGAGGAACCUAUACCUGGGGAUUUUUCCUAGAGGGUGCCCGCUGGGACCGUCAACAGCACUGUCUGGCGGAAAUGUCAGCCAAACAGCUCCAUGACCGCCUCCCUAUUAUACUCUUCCAGCCUGCUAUCCUACCAGACAUGUCUCACAAGGAGGGUAUGUACCAAACUCAUACCUGGAGAGUUUUGAUAAUCAAGAGAAGUGGUGUGAGCUGUAAACUUGAGGAUGAGGAAGUUGAUAAUGGUACAUACCAUUGCCCUGUGUACCGUACAAGUGAGCGGUGUGGUACUCUCUCCACAACGGGGCACUCCUCUAAUUACAUCCUCGACCUGGUGCUGCCCUCCUCCCUCCCACAGAAUCACUGGUAUUGUGACCUACUUCUCCUAAAUGUAGAAAACAAAUUUAUAUCUACUAUAUGUAGAAAAACUAUUUCAACACCACCAUCAUUACACUUUACAUUAGAACCAGCAUGGAGAUCAAAAGUGCAAGACAAAAGACCAGAAGGAACAACAGAUGACAUUGUAGUCGCUGUAGAAGAGGUGAGGAUGACGCUAACGAGCUCUAAGACAACAACAAAGAAAGAAACAACGUUACCCAGAGGAUUUCAGAGAAUAGUGAAAGUGAAGAUGCGGGUUGAAGGAGAGGAGGAACAGGACGAAGAUGACGUUGGACAUGGAGAAAAUGAAAUUAAAUUCUAA